UCCUCAGAUAGAUUUAAACAAUCUUCAAUUCUGACAGCAACAGUUAGAAAACGAUUAAUCAUGGCAGUGAUAAGAGGUCUUGUGCUUCUUUUCUUGGUCUCUUCUUUGGAGUAUGCAGCAGCUAAAACUUGCCCAGUUGGAUGGCAUCCUUUUGGAGCAAAAUGCUUCAGGUUCUACCCUCAGACAGUUAACUGGGCCACAGCUGAGAAAAGCUGUCAAAUCUUUGGUGGUAAUCUGGCAUCAGUGCGCACUAAAGUGAAAAAUGACUUUCUACUGAGUCUGGUACCGAGUUACACACGUGCUUGGAUCGGCGGUCAUGAUGGUGAAGUGGAUGGACAGUGGCUGUGGAGUAAUGGAGCUAGAUUUGACUACACCAACUGGUGCAGAGGUGAACCUAACAAUCAUCAAAAUCCAGAGCAUUGCCUGGAGCUAAACUUCAGCGGUAACCGUUGCUGGAAUGAUGUCCCUUGUUCAUUUGGAAUGGGUUUCAUUUGUGCUCAAAAACUCAGUUAAGAAGUUAUUCUUCUCUACAAGUAUACUUUGAUUGUACAACAUGUACCUUUGUU